AUGGGCAGAUCUUGCAGGCAAUAUUUGGCAAUUCUUUCUUGCAUUUUUGCUUUUUAUUUCUCCCUGUUCUGUGUUUCUCAAGGUAAAGAUACACUUGGAGUUAACGAAUCCGUACUUGUAUACCAUGGAGACUUAUUGGAGUCUUCCAACCAGCGUUUUCGGCUCACCAUCACUCAUCCCUAUAGCUGGUUAUGGUUCCUGGUGAUCCAAUACAUGUCCAUGCUUCGAUCAAUUGACGUCUGGGCCAGCGACAGCUACCAGACUCCAGCCAGCAAAGAGCCUGCAUUUUUAACCAUGAAUGCAGAUGGAAGGCUGGUUGUAUAUGACACUUCUCACAGUCCUGUAAUCGUUGUGAAUUCUGAACAGCCUAUUAUGAUUAGCAACACUACUGCAAUUUUACUUGACAACGGGAACCUGGUUUUGAGAGCACCUGGAGGGAAUACUGUCUGGCAAAGCUUUGACCAUCCGAGUAAUAAGUGGCUUCAAGGAAUGAAACUUGGGAUUUUGCAAUCAGGUACAAGAUUUCUAACUUCAUCACCAAGCUAUAACCAACCUUCUUCUACAUUAGGCGUCGAUUUGAAUAAUACCAGGGAGAUUACUAUUACGCAAGAUGGAGUGGUUUAUUGGAGAAGUGGGACAUGGGAUGGCCAAAAGCUCAGCUUUCUUGAUAUAUCGGAUAGUUUUGGUUUCAAUUUUUACUAUGUAUCCACUCCAAAUGAGACCUAUUUCACGUGGAAUAGUAGUACUGAUCCCUUUGCCUUACUAAUUUUUAGCGAAAGUGGGAAUAUUACAGUUAGUAGUGGGGAUUUUACCAAUGCACAGGUAUUGGCAGUUUGUGAUGUAAUCACUUACAGGACCACGAAAGAUCAGCCCAAAGGGUGUACGAAUUCUUGUGGCGUCGGUGAUGGAUUUAAGGAAAUAAUGGGUGACUUGGUUGCGUGGGAUGAAGUGUCCUAUAAUGACAAUGCUCUUCGCUUUUGUAAGUUGAGAUGCAGAAGAAACUGUUCGUGCUAUGCUUAUUCUAAUACUGCAUACGAUCAGGACGGUGUUGCUAUGGGCUGUAAAAUGGCUAUCAGACGACAUGGAAAACUUAUUUCUUCAAAUAAACAAACAAUUUUUGCCCGCGAAAGCUUUGUUUUGGAGAAAGGUCUUCCAUCUAUCCCAUCACCUGAGCUUGCUCCAUGCCGAAAAAAGAAGUCAGAGACCUGGAAAGUGAAGUUAUCUAUUGGUGGUGCUCUAGUAACAUUUUUGGGGACUCUUACGGAAGUUCGAGCAGGUUUACUGUUGCUUGAGCUAUUGUUGCUUGAUCUGUCAGGUUUAGAGAAGUUCCAGCAGCUUCAUGAAAAAAGGGAUGAUGAAUCAUCUGUUUUCGAGUUUACCAGCAUAGAAAUGGCAACAAAUAAUUUUUCUGAUGAAAACAAACUUGGUCAAGGAGGAUUUGGUCCAGUGUACAAGGGAAAGUUGUCUACUGGGCAAGAGAUUGCGGUGAAAAGAUUGAAAAUAAUGUCCGGCCAUGGAAUUGAGCAAUUCAAGAAUGAAGUGACAGUGAUCUCUAAGCUGCAACAUCGAAACCUUGUAAAACUUUUGGGAUACUGCAUUCAUGGGGAGGACCGGAUACUAGUUUAUGAGUACUUGCCCAAUGGUAGCUUGGAUUCAUUUAUUUUUGAUACUACAAAACGGGCAGUACUAGAUUGGAGAAGGCGUUCCAGUAUUAUUGAAGGGAUAGCUCAAGGGCUGUUGUACCUCCACAAGUAUUCCAGAUUAAAAAUCAUCCACAGAGAUCUCAAAACAAGCAAUGUUUUGUUGGAUAAUGACCUGAAUCCCAAGAUUUCUGAUUUUGGGACAGCAAGAAUUUUUGGAGAUGAUGAAUCACGUGCAAAUACAUUGAGAGUCGUUGGGACCUAUGGCUACAUGUCUCCUGAAUAUGCCAUGAAUGGCAUCAUCUCUGAGAAGUCUGAUGUUUACAGCUUCGGAGUCAUGAUGUUGGAGAUCAUAAGCGGAAAGAAGAACACAACUUUCAAUGACACCGAUGAUCAUUUAAACUUAGUAGGACAUGUGUGGGAUUUAUGGAAAGAAGGAAGGGUUUCGGACAUUGCAGAUCCUAGUUUUGGUGAGACAAUUGCCAUGCAUGAAAUUUCAAGAUAUGUUCAAGUUGGGCUGUUGUGUGGUGAAGAAAAUGCAGCCGACAGACCAACCAUGUCUGACGUUAUUUCCAUGCUAAAUGGAACACUAGUCAGUCUUCGUGUUCCAUAUCGACCGGCUUUUUCUGCUGCUACCGGCGGCCGGAACAAUGACAAUUUGGUUCGGAAUGCAGAACCUUGCUCCAACAAUACAUUUAACUAUUUAAGUUCUCUUUCGGGGCUCUUUCCCAAAUUGCAGUACAGUGAAGUAAUAGCGAAAAGCACCUGGGCUGCAGAAUAUUUGGCAAUCUUGUACUGCAUUUUUGCUUAUUAUUUCUCCCUGUUUUGUGUUUCUCAAGCUAGAGAUACGCUAGGCGUUAAUGAGUCCCUAGUUGUAUAUUAUGGAGACUUCUUGGAGUCUUCCAACCAGCGUUUUCAGCUCACCAUCACUCAUCCGCUUAGCUGGGCAUGGUACUUGACGGUUCUGUAUGUGUCUAUGCGUCAAACCAUCGACGCCUGGGCUAACGACAACUACCUGAUUCCUGCCAGAACUGAGCCCGCAUAUGUAACCAUGAAUCCUGAUGGAAAGCUAGUUGUGUAUGACAUUUCUCACAAUCAGCUGAUUGUUGCAAACUCUCAACAGCCUGUUUUCAUUAGCAACACGACUGCUACUUUACUCGAUAAUGGAAACCUGGUUUUGAGAGCUCCUGGAGGUAAUACUGUAUGGCAAAGUUUCGAUUAUCCUACCAAUAAAUGGCUUCAAGGCAUGAAACUUGGGGUUUUUGGAUCAAGCACAAUCCUUCUAACUUCAAGGCCAACAUUUGGGGAUCCUGCUUCUACAUUAGGAAUUAAUCCGAACAAUACAAAGGAAAUUGUUAUUAUGCAAGAUGGAGUGGUUUAUUGGCGGAGUGGGAUAUGGAAUGGCCAGAAUUUCAGCUUUCUUGAUAUCUCAGAUGAUUUUGGAUUGAAUUUUUACUACGUUUCAGAUUGGAACGAGACAUAUUUCACAUGGAACAGUAGCACUGAUCCCUAUGCCCUAUUCAUCCUUGCUGCAACUGGGCAAAUUCAUGUUAGUAGUGGGGACUUUACUGAUUCUCAAGCAUUGGCAGUUUGUGACAUGAUUGAUGGCAAGACCUGGAAAAAUCAGACCAUGGGGUGUACGAAUCCUUGUGGCGCUGGUGAUGGAUUUAAGGAAAUAAUGGGUGACUUGGACGCGUGGGAUGAAAUAUGGAAUAAUGACAAUGCCCUUCAUUAUUGUAAGUCGAUAUGCAGAAAAAACUGCUCGUGCUAUGCCUACUCUAAUACAACAUACGAUAACAAUGGUGUUGCGCUGGGCUGCAAAAUAGCUACGAGAAAGAAAGGAAAUCUUAUUUUUUCAGAUAAACAGAAACUUUUCGUCCGCGAAAGCUUUGUUUUGGUGAAAGAAGUCAGUCCACCUACCCAAUCACCUGAGCUUGCUCCAAGCCCUCCCUGGCGAAAAAAGAAAUCAGACGCAUGGAAAGUGAAGUUAUCUAUUGCUGCUGCAGCAGUAUUUCUCGGGGCUCUUGCGUUACUCUAUUUAUGUUGCAAUCUGCAAAGAAAAAUUCACCAUCAUGAAGAUACAUUAAACAAUAGUACUCAUGGGCCUGGGAACUUCCAGCUUCCUGAUGAGAGGGAUCAUGAAUUACCCCUUUUCGAAUUUAGCAUCAUAACAUUUGCGACUGAUCAGUUUUCUGAAGAAAACAAACUUGUCCAAGGAGAAUUUGGUUCUGUUUACAAGGGUAAGUUGCCUACUGGACAGGAGAUUGCGGUGAAAAGAUUGAAUAUAUUGUCUGGGCAUGGAAUUGAUAAACAAUUCGAGACCGAAGUUGCAGCGAUGUCUAAGCUGCAACACCGAAACCUUGUAAAACUUUUGGGAUACUCCAUUCAUGGAGAGGACCGGAUAUUAGUUUACGAGUACCUACCCAAUGGUAGCUUGGAUUCAUUUAUUUUUGAUGCUACAACACAGGGAGUACUUGAUUGGAAAAGGCGUUCGCAUAUUAUUGAAGGCAUAGCUCAAGGGCUGCUGUACCUCCACAAGUAUUCCAGACUAAGAAUCAUCCACAAGGAUCUCAAAACAAGCAAUGUCUUGCUGGACAAUAACCUGAAUCCCAAAAUUUCUGGUUUUGGGGCUGCAAAAGUUUUUGGAGAAGAUGAAUCACGUGCAAGUACAUUGAACAUUAUAGGGACAUAUGGUUACAUGUCUCCUGAGUAUGCAAUGAAUGGAAUAAUCUCUGAGAAGUCUGACGUUUAUAGCUUUGGAGUCAUGAUGUUGGAGACCAUAACUGGCAAGAAAGUCACUUCUGUCAAUGAUACAGAUGAUCGUUUUACCUUAGUCGGACAUGUGUGGGAUUUAUGGAAAGAAGGAAGGAUUUCAGACAUAGCAGAUCCCAGUCUAGGUGAAACAAUUCCCAUGCAUGAAAUUUCAAGAUGUGUUCAAGUUGGGCUGUUAUGCGUUGAAGAAAAUGCAGCAGAUAGACCGUGCAUGUCUGAUGUGAUUUCCAUGCUUAACAACCAAUUCCUAGUAGGCCUUCUUGUUCCAAAUCGACCUGCUUUUUCUGCCAGCACCGGCUGCCGAAACAAUGGCAACUUCGUUCAAAAUCCAGACUGCUCCAACAACUCAGUGACGAUUUCGGAUUUGGAGGCUCGAUGA